AUGUCCGCCGCUAUCGCUCCUGCUAUUCCCACGCUCGGACGCCGGAUUCACGUCAAGAAGCUGAAUGAAGAUGGCGAAGAAACUGACGAGUCUUACUGGUUGUGGUUGAAGUUCCCCGAGACGAUCAAGGGUCUUCGAAGUAAAUGCAUGGAAGCCUUUGAGCCCCCGCGGGAUCAUAUGAUCCGCUUCAUCCACGAUGAUCAGCUGUUAUGCGGCAACAGCCUCGAAACUCUCCCUAACAAAUGUGAACUAUGGGUUCAGUUUGUUCCUAAGGACGCUCCUCUCACACCAGUCUCUGUUCGCAAGUCUCGCAAGAAGCGCCCAGUACUGAUGGAAGACGAGAACGUGGAUCCCUGCCCGUCAGCCAAUCUCGACGCCGGGUCGCCCAUUCGAAAGCGCCAACGCCUUUACCCACGCGCUGAUAUAUCCAAUCUGGACCUGUCGGUAUCAACGCGACCAUCGCCUUGUCCCUCGAGCUGUCAAGCAGGCACGCACCGACUCACCGGCAGUAACCGCUUUCCCCUGAUUCGUCAACGACAGCGAUCCAACGCGAGUGCGUCGUUUGUUGACUCCAGCGGUCCUCCAACUUUAGAUUGGGUCACGAGACCAGAUAGCCCGAUAAAUUAUUCAGGGGUGACCGAAGAUUCCAAAGAGGUGCCUGUAAUCGCAUGGGAGAUGGAUAACCGCGAUGAAAGUUAUUAUGGGUACGGUAUUCUUAGCUUCGACGAGCCUAGACACGAAUGGGGUACCAGAGGAAUCGACUUCAACCUACUGGUGUGUGACGUCCCGUACAAUGUGACCAUUGGCGAGAUCCGCAGUACGCUGGCGGAGAAUUUGGCUAUGGAUCCUGAACGACUCCCUCAGGGAGACUUCUACCUUGUUCGCAAGGGCCAGCGACUUCAAGAUUGGAUGACCUGCGUACCGGCAUAUCUCGGAGAUGGCGAUGCGGUAUUCAUGGAAUUCGGCGGCGAUUCGAUCGUACGAGACGAUUCCGACUACGAGGAUCUUUGGACUGACAAAGAACCAACCUUGAUUGGGGAAGAUCUUGACGAAAUUAAGGCUGUCAAACUGCCUUGCGAUAGCGAUGAGGAUUAG